UGCAUUCACUAUAUCUGGUCUCCCCGGACCCUGCAUUCACUAUAUCCGCUCUCCCCAGACCCUGCAUUCACUAUAUCUGGUCUCCCCGGACCCUGCAUUCACUAUAUAUAUCUGGUCUCCCCGGACCCUGCAUUCACUAUAUCCGCUCUCCCCAGACCCUGCAUUCACUAUAUCUGGUCUCCCCGGACCCUGCAUUCACUAUAUCUGGUCUCCCCAGACCCUGCAUUUACUAUAUCUGCUCUCCCCAGACCCUGCAUUCACUAUAUCUGGUCUCCCUGGACCCUGCAUUCACUAUAUCUGGUCUCCCCAGACCCUGCAUUCACUAUAUCCGCUUUCCCCGGACCCUACAUUUACUAUAUCUGGUCUCCCCAGACCCUGCAUUCACUAUAUCCGGUCUCCCCGGACCCUGCACUCACUGUAUCUGGUCUCCCCGGACCCUGCAUUCACUAUAUCCGGUCGCCCCAGACCCUGCACUCACUAUAUCUGGUCUCCCCGGACCCUGCAUUCACUAUAUCUGUGACAUCAGCACAUAGGCUCCUCCCUGAUAACUGCUAAAUACCUGUUCUCAUUAGCAGUUAGAGCUGUCUUGUGA